UGUUGUCGCUCAGAAACACGCAAGAAGAGGAGCCACCCGACCCCCAGCUAAUGCGCCUGGACAACAUGCUGAUCGCCGAGGGGGUCGCGGGACCCGAGAAGGGCGGCGGGGCGGGCGCUGCCGCUAACGCCUCGGCUGCGGCUGGCGCCGGCGACUCCGCCAUCGAGCACUCCGAUUACCGCGCCAAGCUCGGACAGAUCAGACAGAUAUACCACCAAGAACUUGAGAAAUACGAGCAGGCCUGUAACGAAUUCACCACGCACGUGAUGAACCUCUUGCGGGAGCAGAGCCGCACGCGACCCAUCACCCCGAAGGAGAUCGAACGCAUGGUCCAGAUCAUCCACAAGAAAUUCUCAUCGAUACAGAUGCAGCUGAAACAAUCCACGUGCGAGGCCGUCAUGAUUCUGCGCUCGAGGUUUCUGGACGCCAGGAGACGCCGACGAAAUUUUAGCAAGCAGGCUUCUGAAAUUCUGAAUGAAUAUUUCUACUCCAACCUGUCAAACCCGUAUCCCUCUGAGGAGGAAAAAGAGGCUCUGGCACGUCGCUGUGGCAUAACCGUGAACCAGGUCUCCAAUUGGUUCGGCAACAAACGCAUCAGGUAUAAGAAGAAUAUAGGGAAGGCCCAGGAGGAAGCCAACCUAUACGCCGCCAAGAAAGCAGCCGAUUAUACGUUAGCAGGAGCGUCGCCGUACAGCAUGAGUGGGACUCCGGGACCUAUGAUGUCUCCACCUCCAGGAGAAGAUUCAAUGGGUUAUGGAAUGCCAGGACUAAAUGGGUCUGGAUACUCAGGGGGCAUGGGCUACGACCUCCACCCGGAGUCGCCUGACGUGUAGGCGACAUCCACACAUCCGCCCACGCCCAGCCCGCCCUCCACCCACACCCAAACAGCAAUAAGACGCGUGGGCGGUUUGCGGGUUGUGGAGUCCGGGCCAGCAUGGCGAGGGUGGCCUGGCUCACUGAUCCAGCAGUGCUGCUCCUCCUGGUGUGGUUGCAGCCCAUUUCUCAAAGCCAGGCUGCUCUCCCUCGCCCCCACACUACCUCCCGCGGCCCACCCAUCCUUCAGACAAAGUGCAGGCCGUGUAACUCCGGCUCACCAGCCACAAUGGGGCUGCAUGUGGCGCAUAUUGGCCCAGCCACACUCUGGCUUGUUGUGCCACAUGAGUUGCAUGUGGCCCACCUCAGGCAACAGUGAUCAGAGCUGUCAGCCCAGUGUGCAGGCAGCGGGCCGCCGCCGUGCGCCCUGCAGCUGAGCGGGACCAGCGCGGCCCGCCCAGCCCAUAGUAUACGAGAGUCCGGGGUGGGUAGCCUCCCAUGGCUGCUCCUCACACCACACUACCGCUGCCUGUGCCCGCCUUUCGUCCAUGGGUGACGCUGUCAUGACCCAUAGCGCUAUGCCAUCUUAACAUCCACUCAUCCACAAAGUUGCCUUGCCUCAUCCACCCAUGGCUGCUGUUUUUUUCAUACUUUACUUUGAUGCACUCAUUUAUAUUCUGAAUUCUACCUAAAUUGCUAACCUUGUCAUUUUGAGAUACUUGAAUAAAUUCCUCAAUAGGAUCCACAAAUUCAGUCAUGAUUGGUGUUUGAAAUAGGUAAUGAUGAUGCCAUGGGAGAUGAAGGUUAGCCUAGUGAUGAUGGACCUUUUCCCUCUGCCAGGGAAUUUCAGAACCAUGUAUACGGUUGGUAUGUGAUAGUCACACUCGUGUUGCUUAUAUGUGUAGGCUUUUAAUAAAGUUUCUGCUGUUUGAAUUCUUUUUAAAAAUACACGUUCCUCAUUGGCAAGUGAGCCAGAUGUACUUUGUGUCACCCUCGGCGAAGUGGGCUGCAGCGUGACUCGCGGCUCUCCCGCCCCCCACAAGCAACCCCUAUGGUUGUUGUGGUUCAGUGUAGGAGGAUCGCAGUGACCCGUACAAGCCUCUGUAUCCAUGUAGCAUAGGAGUGUGUGGCCAUGGAGGCCUGGCUGCCCCCCCGGCCCUGCACACGUUCCACUGGGUGGCCCACCAUAUUUUGGCACGGCCGUAGGGCUGUUAUGCCCAGUGGGGCCCCAUCCAACCAAGUAUACGUACUCUGGACGGCAGCAGCAGCAGCAGCAGCACCAAGAAUGGAAAAAAAGUAAUGGUCAGACUGAACUGGCUCUCAAGAUGUCUGUUUGUUGUUUCAACGCACAUUAAUUGGGUGUUUGUUAUUUCUGUUUGUGUUCCAUUGUGUUCUAAUGGGUUGUGUAAUGUGUGUGUGUGUGUGUGUGUGCGCUGGUCCUUGACUGGCCUAAGUUACUGUGUUCUUGAUUUGUGGAAGUUGGAGGGUGUGGCCCAUCUUGUCCAUGGUGAACCUUGAAGGGCCUGAUUAGGCCACACCCAGCUGGGAGGCAGGUGGUUGCAUUUACACUGCAUUUGUUUGUUGUUAUGAUGGAUGUAGUGUAGAUGCAGCCAUAGAGAGAAAUAACGGAGUGAUUCCUCCCAGCCCAUCCGCAGAAAGGCACGGUCGGUGGGGCGGUGCCUAAAUGACACCGCCUGGUUGAUGCAGGGUAUUACCUAGGAGAAGAUGAGACCACACAGAUGAUCUUGUGAUACAGUGGUAUGAACACUAAGGACCUGGAACCUUGAAGUAGGUCUAUUUUUAUAUGAUGGAUACAGUAGAUAAGACUGAAAACGAAAUGAAAAAGUUAGGUGGUCUUGUGUAACUGUAUAUUAUUAGUAUGGAUAGGAAAUUAAUACUCUUUGCAAUCCGUUUAACAUUUGGUAACUUUUAAGUCCUUUUCCAUACGGUUUGUACGGUAGUGUAAGGGCAGUGUCGGGUCUCAAGUGGUGCGCUGUUAGCGGCCCAGAGGACCUGAGGCUGCCAGCGCGCAUGUUUGUAAGGGUAGUGCAGGAGUAGUGCAAGGUAGCUAGACCACAAGUAUACAGUGAUAAUACUGCAGUAUACGAAAAACAAUGUUCUUCAUUGACAAAAUAUAACUAAAAGAAUAAGCAGUAGCCUGCCCUCUUUUCAUGAACUGUUAGCAUUAUUUUGACUCCUGUAGCCAGCUAAAGGGCCGUCAUCUCGUUUCCUGAUUUUUCUGAGCCGCUGAGGUGUACCGUAGUUGUCUCUCCAUGUAACUUACAGCUCUCUUCUGUCUCUUUUCGCUGUUCGCUGUAGUGAAUGAUGCAAGAAUAACUCUCCUGUAUUGAAUACUUAUGAAUAACUAAAUGUUUCCUAUCUGUCCUCUCCAAUACCGUCCUGUACCAAAAUACGUAAUUUUCUCACAAUUCUUGUAGAGAUACUGUGUAUUUUUGCUGUGAAUUUGUUCCAGUUUUGUAAUAGUAUAUGUAGUACAAUCUUACUACUUUUCUUCCCUUUUAGGACGGUAUAGGAUAGCUACAAAAUUGGUGCAUUUUUAUUAAACAUUGUAAGCAUAUUUUUCAUAUAGACAUUUUUAUUGUUUUCAUUGUUUAGCCUUCUUAUUUAUGUAGGAUGGGUCAUUUUUUAGGGGUUACCCACCUCCUUUGUAUUUUCCCUCUUCAUUUUUGAGCAAGAGUUAUGUGCUUGUAAAGUAGAAUCCAUUUUGGAAAUGAAAGAUAAGUGCUACUUAUGCUUCCAUACUUGGCAAACUGGGCAAAUAAAACUUUUUUUGAGUGCAAGGUGAGGGAAUUCCCACAGCCCAAACUUCACAAGGUGACCUGUUGCCGGCACCCUGCUCUCUUUCUCUCGGCAUCCAGUUUUCUAUGAGGACCGUUUUAUAUACUAUGCUAUUGCCCAGUUUGUCUCAUUUAUGGAAGCAUGUCAUCCACUCAUUUUACAUUCUAACCAUUCUAACCUCUUUGCUAUGUGAGUGUGAAGUAUAUGUAUAUUACAGUUGUCUUUUGUAUUGUCAUGCAUAAGUUGCAUUGUAAGUAUUUUUGGCUACAAGGAAAGCCAGUUAUCACGAUGAUAUUAAAUACCAUGAUGUUUUGUUAGAAUCUGCAGGAAGCUGCAGACCUGUUUGUGUUAAGGUUUAACAAAGCUCAAACUAGAUUAUUUUAGUGUCUAGUACAGGAUAUUCUUGGUUACAUUUACUAAAAUGCUGUAGCCGCUAUCCGUGUCACUGACCCAUCCAUACAGAGGACUAAUGUAGUACCUAAGCUAAGGAUGGCUCAGUCUCACGGUUGCCCACCUCGGGCCAACAGUAUACCAGCCGGCCAGUGGUUCAGGAGUAGUGCAUGUUCUUGAUGCUUCAACAGUAAACAACAUGGAAUUUCUUGAUGUACAGUGUCAUGUUCUGUGGCAGCAAAGCAUCAGGAAGCAUUCACUACUCACCUCUCUUACAGCCAAAGGCUGGGAGGUAGGGCCACUGUGCCAGAGACGAAGAAGCACUGUUUAUAUGUACUGUAACAUACAAACUUUUACUAUUAGGUAUGAAUGUUAUCAAAUAAAUGAUUUCAAAGGC